AUGCUGUUCAAGAUAUUGGGGUUGUCUAUUAACCUCGCGGCACCACUCGUCACAGCACGGAAACAACGAAGACUCGAUCCGUCGAGUAACCCGCAAUAUCUCGAGCUCUACUUCCAUAUUCUAUGGUUGUCAAGGGAAGGCCUUGUCAUGCUCGAGCAGUACGUGCUGCCUAUGGUCGGAAACUAUGUCGAGCUCAAGGUGCUCGCGUUCAAGCUUCGUGCUUCCUUCUACCACAUCUUCGUUCUAUUCCACAACCAUCCCCAGGUAUCAAACGUCGGCAUCUCGACCCCCGAUGCCACAGACAGCUCAGCCGACCCAGCAACUCGAACUGUCGAAAAGGGGAAGGGCAUAGCGAGAGAUGACAUAUCCAUAUCAGCAACUCCUCCGAUUUAUGUCGCCCAGACGAAAGAUGGAGGCCCCGUAGGACCGCCUCCCGGAUUCGGACCUAGUUCAACAGGCAACUUCUUGUUACCUGCCAUUGACUUCCUGCCGGCGGCGCACCAGUAUUUCAAGGAGGCGCUCGCGCUUGCCGAUGAGCUGUUAUGGGGCUCGCACUCGCUGCGGCUUUCCGUCAAGACCGAGUACGCCGCGUUCCUCUACGACUGCGUCCACGAUGCCGAGGGCAGCCGGAAGCUGGCGCAGGAUACCAUUGCGGAAGUGUACCAGGCCACCGAGGGCAUCGACAACGACAUGUUCAGCGACGCAUGCGAGCUGGUGACGGUGCUGGGCAAGAUGAUGAAGAGGGGCCUCGGAGCAAGCGGCUCGGGCACUAAGGCACCCGGUCAGCAGCAGGACGGGGCUGGGCCUGCUGCUCCGCCCAGUACAACAGGGCCCACUACGGCGGCCGGGAUGCCAGAGUUUAUCUGA